CUGUGCGGCAUUCGUGUACUGUAGAGAGCACCCAGACGUCCCAUUGUUGGAAGAUUACCACGCCGGGGACAUGAUCUGCCCUCUGUGUGGUUUGGUUGUCGGUGACAGAGUCGUUGAUGUGGGCUCUGAGUGGAGAAUAUUUAGAGAUGCAGAAAGUUCUUCCAAAGACCAAUCCCGUGUUGGCAGAUCUGAGAACCCACUGCUUGAUGGGGCACUUCCAUCCACGUAUACCGUACACAGUAGGGAUUCGUUAAAGGAUGAGUAUGGCAGGAGCAUGUACAGAUCGAAACGUGGG